CUGCUCACGAGCAGCGUCCGUGGCUCUCUCGAACCCUCUUGCAGAAUAUCUGUGUUCCCUCCUGCCUGCAGCUUCGUCUUCCCUUGCAAGGAAGCAUUUCUCUAAGGCCGGGAUAUCUGCGAGAGGGUUCGCCGGGCUGCGUACGAAGGCUUAGGCUGUGCAGGGAAGCAGAUACAGAGCCGAAAUCCGACAGCAGAACACGAAGCAAGCGGUCACGAUGCAGGCCUGUGCCCAAGUUGCCUUCUUGCCUUCGUGUUCUUUGGUGGCUGGCACACCUGCCAACAGUGUGCAAAACCACCAAGUCUCUGGUAGCCGAUAUGCAGCAGUCGCUCCUUCCAAGCAUCAAUUAGACUGCUCAUGGAGUUUGAGAGGGAUCACUCUUCUUGAUAGGAGCAAAGUUACCUCAAGUCCAGCUCAGUCGAGGAGGAACUUCAUAAGAGCCGCAACUGGAGAAUCAGCAACUACUUCGAGCUCCGUCAAAGCCCCGGUUCUGCCAGGAAUCGGAAGUGUACCAAAGGACAGAGUUAAGCACAUCACGACGGUAGAAGAGUUCGACGAGGCGCUCAGAUUAGCCAAAAACAAGCUUGUGGUUGUGGAGUAUGCUGCCACUCACAGUGCUAACAGUCGCAAAAUCUACCCCGCCAUGGUGGAGCUCAGCAAAUCCUGUCAGGAUGUUGUUUUCCUGUUGGUUCUCGGAGACGAGACUGAAGGCACCAAAGAGCUGUGCGACCGAGCUGGUGUAGAGACUGUACCCCACUUUGUAUUCUAUAGGAACCAGGAGAAAAUCCACGAAGAGAAGGGAGUUAGCGCCGACACCCUAGAGGGCGAUGUGCUGUACUAUGGAGAUAUCAAUGCGCCCAUCCAUCAGGUCAAGACGAAACAGGAUUUCGAUAUUCUGCUCAAGGAGCAUGCGUCGGACAGCAAGCUGGUGGUAAUUGAUAUUGGACUGAAGAGCUGCGGGCCUUGUGUAAAAGUGUACCCGACGGUGGUCAAGCUGGCCAAGAAGUUAUCCGAUAGCACCAUCUUUGCCCGCAUGCACGGUGAUGAGAAUGAGGACUGCAUGGACCUCCUCCGAUCCAUGGAUGUUGUGGAAGUGCCGACCUUCCUUUUCAUUCGAGACGGCAAGCCGCUCGGUCGCUAUGUGGGUUCCGGCAAAGGGGAGCUGAUUGGAGAAAUUCUUAGAUACAAUGGCGUCCGAGUGACCUACUAAUUGAACUGAUUGUGUGACCCAAUCAUUAUACUCUUACGAGCUGCAUUCUCUUAUUCAAUGCCGCUUGCUUCUGCUCUUCUAUAAAGGUUACCAUCUUUAGAACUUGAAAUAGAUUUGGAAUGUUUUAGUUCUCGCGUAUCUCCUCUUUCGCCUCGAUGCUUUCCGUUAACAAGUCUGCACAGGGUUGUGAAAGUCCUCUUUUGACGUUCGUCGCAUACAGAGAGCUGGAUGGUAUUCUACUCCCAUGUUCAGCUCCGAGCCCGUGCUUAUCUUUAGACAGGAUAGAGCAAGAGGUGAGAAGCUCUUAAGAUUGCUCCGAGGAGCACGCUUCAAUGCAGUACCCAAAUGAGAUGUAACCAAUUCUUCACUUUUGAAGGCCGUGAUCUGGCAGUCUAAGACAUUCUUACUACGAAAUCUCCAAGAUUUUCCCUUAUCUAAGAUAUUGGCCCACAGGAGAUUCUGAAAUCUUCCACCCGCUUCGUUGUGCUGUUCCUUGUAUCAUGGAUGGCCUUCCGUGUGUUUGGGAAGUAUGAUUGCCCUCACUUAUCAGUCACGUAAUGUUCUACAAUCAUGCGCUAUCCGGGGAAAGGCUAAAUCUAAUUUACAGCAAGAAGUGUCCUUUUCAGCGACUACGCUAGUCUCAUCUUUUGACAUCCCAUGGUUGGUUCAUGGUCCUCGCAGACACUUAUGCCAAGAAUCUGAUGUUCACGCUGAUCGUGGUUCAACAAACUUGACCACCGUCAAGCUUGAAUCAUUUUAAUAUCUUCUGCAUCUUAAUUGCGCUAGGAGUGAACAUGCUCCACCCACAAGUCCGAAAUGAGGAGUGUGGAAAGAAAAAGUGAGGCUCCGACAAUAUUUUCUUUAAGAAAAUAGUACAUGAUUGUCAGUCAUUUAAGUGUUAACUUGUUAUGACCAACUCUUCUUGCUCUACAAAGCAACAGCAAGAAGAAACUGGGCAGGAAAAUAUGAUUUAAGUUUGAGUGUACCCUGUCCUGUAUCU